AUGAGUCCCCGGAGCCGGCUGCUACUGCCGACCCUCUGCCUCCUGUUCACCGGCGCAGCACCGCGGCGCCGCGCGCCCGCCUCCGCCGACUGCGAGCUCAAGCCCCAGCAAAGUGAAUUGAAUUCUUUCUUGUGGACCAUAAAGAGAGACCCGCCAUCUUACUUCUUUGGCACAAUCCAUGUCCCAUACACCCGGGUUUGGGACUUUAUCCCGGACAAUUCCAAGGAAGCUUUUCAGCACAGCAGCAUCGUGUACUUCGAGCUGGACCUCACGGACCCCUACACUAUCUCGGCCCUCACUAGCUGUCAGAUGCUGCCACAGGGCAAGAACCUCCAGGAUGUACUCCCUAGGGACAUCUACUGCCGCCUCAAGCGCCACCUAGAGUAUGUCAAGCUCAUGAUGCCCUCAUGGAUGACCCCAGACCAGCGUGGUAAGGGUCUCUAUGCAGACUACCUCUUCAAUGCCAUUGCUGGUAACUGGGAGCGCAAGAGGCCAAUCUGGGUCAUGCUCAUGGUCAACUCCCUGACCGAAGUAGACAUUAAGUCCCGUGGGGUGCCUGUCUUAGACCUGUACCUUGCCCAGGAGGCUGAACGGUUGAGGAAACAGACGGGGGCGGUGGAAAAGGUGGAAGAGCAGUGCCAUCCACUGAAUGGGCUGAACUUUUCACAGGUCAUCUUUGCUUUGAACCAGACCCUCCUGCAGCAGGAGAGCCUGCGAGCAGGCAGUCUUCAGAUUCCGUACACGACGGAGGAUCUCAUCAAACACUAUAACUGUGGGGACCUCGGCUCUGUCAUCUUCAGCCAUGACAGCUCCCAGCUUGGAGGUCAUUUCAUGGGCAACAACACAGUGCUGGAUGUUUUGCGGCGCGAAGGUUAUGAGGUAGAACACGCCCCUGCUGGACGACCCAUCAACAAGGGAGAGAAUAAAAGUCCCUCAUCGCAGCCCACCUCCUCUGCCAUAUUUGCUCCGGAAGUGCCCGCUCUGGAAGCAUUGGUACCGGAAGCUGGGUCGAAGGUGUAUUCACUGUGGCCACCCCACGUGUCUGUGACCGGAAGUGCCAACAUGCCGGGCGAGGCUGGGAGGAAGCUCCGGAAGAAGCGGAGGCGGCUGCAGCGGAGGCAGCGGCUCCGGCAGUUCAGUGACCUGUGGGUCCGACUGGAGGAGAGUGCAGCGGUCCCAGCACUCCAGGUCCCAGUUCUGGACUGGCACAUCUCUGCUGAGUUGCGGCUCCCUCGCCCCAGGUUCUCUCACCACAGCCAGAUGGUGGCUAGCAGUGCCUGCCUUUCUCUCUGGACUCCUGUGUUCUGGCUGCUGGUUCCGGCUUUUCAAACAGAGACACCCCUUCUGUAA